UCUCUCUCUCUCUCUCUCACACAUACACACAAAUGACAAAACUGAUGCAAAGAAUUCUUGGUGUCAAUCUUUAGGGUUCUUUUGUGGGGUUACCCAUCAAGCCAAAAAUGCCUGAUUUUGCCAAUCUUGAAAUUUCCAGUGAAUCCAAUACACAAAUCCAGGCAUUAGUUUCUGACCAAAAUUCCCAUAUGGGGUUCCCUAUUUUGCAAAAAGAAGAUGAGUUAAAUCUUGAAAACAAUGGUUGUGUUGAGUUGGAACAGAAAGAAGAUAAGUUAAAUCUUGAAAACAAUGGUUGUGGUGAGUUGGAAAAGAAAGCAGAUGAGUUAAUUCUUGAAAACAAUGGUUUUGAUGAGUUGAAGAUGAAAGAAAAUAAUGGUUGUGGUGAGUUGGAAAUUAGCCCAAAAAUGCCUGAUUUUGGCAAUCUUUUGAACCCUCCAAAUCUUGAAAUUUCCAGUGAAUCUAAUACCCAAAUAGAGGCACUAGUUACUGACCAAGAUUCUGAUAUGGUGUUCCCUAUUUUGCAAAAAGAAGAUGACUUGGAACAGAAAAAAGAUGAGUUGAUUCUUGAAAACAAUGGUUGUGGUGAGUUGGAACAGAAAGAAAAUGAGUUAAAUUUGGAAAAUAAUGGUAUUGGUGAGGAUGAGUUAAAUCUGGAAAAUAAUGGUUGUGAUGAGUUGGAAAUUAGCCAAAAAAUGCCUGAUUUUGGCAAUCUUUUGAACCCUUCUUCAAAUCUUGAAAUUUCCAGUGAAUCUGAUAACCAAAUGCAGAUACUAAUUUCUGACCAAGAUUCCCACUUGGGUAUCCCUAUUUUGCUAAAAGAAGAUGAAUUGAAACUGGAAAACAAUGGUUUUGGUGAGUUGGAAAUGAAAGAAGAAGAGUUAAUUCUUGAAAGCAAUGGUUUUGAUGAGUUGAAACUGAAAAAUAAUGGUAACCUUUUGGACCCUCCAAAUCUUGAAAUUUCCAGUGAAUCUGAUAACCAAAUGCAGAUACUAAAAAAUAAUGGCUGUGGUUUGUUGGAAAAGAAAGAGAAUGAGUUAUAUCUGGGAAAAAAUGGUUGUGGUGAGUUGGAAAUGAAAGAAGAGGAGUUAAUGCUUGAAAACAAUGGUUGUGGUGAGUUGGUAAUGAAAGAAGACGAGUUAAUGCCUGAAAACAAUGGUUGUGUUGAGUUGGAAGCGAAUGAAAACGAGUUGAUUCUUGAAAACAAUGGUUGUUGUGGUGAGCUGGAAAAGAAAGAAAAUGAGUUAAUUCUUGAAAAAAAUGGCUAUGUUGAGUUGGAAAUGAAAGAGGAUGAGUUGAAUCUUGAAAACAGUGGUUGUGUUGAGUUGGAAAUGAAAGGAGAUGAGUUAGUUCUUGAAAAAAAUGGGUAUGUUGAGUUGGAAAUGAAAGAAAAUGAGUUAAAUCUGGAUAAUUCUGGUUGUGAGUUGGAAGUGAAAGAAAACCAGUUAAUUCUUGAAAACAAUGGUUGUGGUGACUUGGAAAUGAAAGAAGACGAGUUAAUUCUUGAAAAUAAUGGUUGUGGUGAGUCGGAAAUGAAAGAAAACCAGUUAAUUCUUGAAAACAAUGGUUGUGGUGAGCUGGAAACGAAAGAAGACCAGUUAAUUCUUGAAAACAAUGGUUGUGGUGAGCUAAAUUUGGAAAAUAAUGGUUGUAUUGAGUUGGAAAUGAAAGAAAACGAGUUAAUUCUUGAAAAUAAUGGUUUUGGUGAGUUGGAAAACAAAGAAGAUGAGUUAAAUCUGGAAAACAAUGGUUGUGUUGAGCUGGAAAUGAAAGAAAAUGAGUUAAUUCUUGAACAUAAUGGUUGUGGUGAGUUGGAGAUGAAAGAAGAUGAGUUAAUUCUUGAAAACAAUGGUUGUGGUGAGUUGGAGCAGAAAGAAGACGAGUUAAUUCUUGAAAACAAUGGUUGUGUUGAGUUGGAGCAGAAAGAAGACGAGUUAAUUCUUGAAAACAAUGGUUGUGGUGAGUUAAAUCUGGAAAACAAUGGUUGUGAUGAGUUGGGAUUUAGGGGUUUGAGGCCAAAUGGUGGUGGGUCGGUGGCGAAAAAGAGUUUGGAUGAGUUUGUCAAAGAUUGGGUUGAUAGGAGAAUCAAUGGUGGUGUUGAUAAACGCAAUUGUAUAUUGCCAUUCCUUGUUCAUGCUCCGAAAUCGCUUGAGUGCUCCGUUUGCCAAAGAUUAAUUUUUCCAGGCGAGGAGGUAGAAUGCUCUGUUCGAGAUUGUACGGGUGUUUUCCACUCAGAAUGUGCAAAAGAAAUACUUGGGUCAUCUUCUCCGAAAGCGUUUAAGUGCCCUCAGCAUGUAUGUUAUGUUUGUAAUAAAAAGAUACAUCUCUGGCGGUGCAUCAGAUGUCCACUAGCAUCACAUGACAAGUGUGCCGCAUUUCCGGAGCACGUGGUUCAUUUAAAUGAUCAGCCAGGGCGAGUUAUUUGUUGGAAGCAUCCAUCAGAUUGGCGUCUUCUGGAGAAGCAUGAAGCCUCAACAAGUAAUUUGGAGGAGAUAUUCAAGAAUUUGCCUUUACCAUACAUGGAGGAGGAGUUCAAGAUUGACAUAAAUUGGAAAGACAUGAUUGACAACAGAUCUGAACCACCUCCAUACGUGCAUAUCAAGAGAAAUGUCUACCUCAUUAAAAGAAAACGUGAUGACAUUAAUGCUGAUAUUGGGUGCACGAGCUGCAGAUCCACUGAAUGCUCGGACAGUUGUGUUUGCAGCAAGAUGGGCACCAACUCCAAUGACAGCUUCACCAUCUUCUGUGAUCUCCAUAAAUAUAACUGGGUUCAAUCCAUAAGUUGUUCGAAGGCGUGCCAUUGCUCUGAUAUGUGCUCAAACAGACCAUUUCGGAGAGAUAGAAGGAUAAAACUUGUCAAGACUGAACUUUGUGGUUGGGGGGUGGUAGCAGCUGAAUCUGUAAACAAAGGUGACUUCAUAAUUGAGUACAUUGGCGAAGUUAUUGACGAUGCCUUGUGUGAGAAAAGGCUUUGGGACAUGAAAUACAAGGGAGUGAAAAAUUUCUACAUGUGUGAACUACGGAAAGAUUUCACAAUUGAUGCAACAUUCAAGGGAAACUUGUCCCGUUUUCUCAACCAUAGUUGUGAUCCUAAUUGCAAAUUGGAAAAAUGGCAGGUAGAAGGUGAGACUCGAGUUGGUGUCUUUGCUGCUCGAUCCAUUGAAGUAGGAGAAUCUCUGACCUAUGAUUACAGAUUUGUGCAGUUUGGACCGGAAGUGAAGUGCCAUUGUGGAGCUUCGAAUUGUCAAGGCUAUCUUGGCAGCAAAAAGAAAAUCACAAAUAAACUGGACAUCUGCUGGGGUUUGAAACGCAAGAGAACGUCUACUUCUUGCCUCGCGAUCAUUAAAGUGAAUUCAUGUUAGCCAAUUUUUUUUAUUCGAUCAAUUUUUAUAUAUCGCAUUUUCCACAAAAUGCAAUAAACCAAAAGAAAGCCACUGCACAAAAAGAGAGGAAAAAGGAACAACACUAUUGCUUGUAUUAAGCAUUGUUACAUUGGCGGCAGAUACAUUGAUUUAUAAUGUUAUACGCCUUUUUUCGAGCAUAGUUAUUUCACUUCUGAAAUAUGACAGAAUCCUCACAUUGUAAAGAUUAGAUCUUUUCAUUUCAUUGCCUUUCAAUUCUAGCUGGAUAUGCAUGGUUUCAAGUGCC